AUGAUGGAGUCCAAGAUCCCGGACAAGGCUGGCGCCAGUCACCUGGAGACUGCUUCUACCGGGUCGACCACGCCCCCCGACGCCGAGAGCCUCGACUCUAUCGAGUCUACCAAGACGGGCCGGUUUCCCUGGCUCGUCUCCGUCACGGCGGCCAUUGGCGGCAGUCUCUUUGGCUACGACACGGGCAUCAACGCCGCUGUCCUCGUCACCAUCCACAACAGCCUCGGCCACCACCUGAGCUCGUCCGAGAGGGAGCUCAUCACCUCCAUCACGUCCGGGGGGGCCUUCUUCGGCGCCAUCAUGGCGGGCCUCACCGCCGACCGCUACGGACGCAAGCCCGCCAUCUACGUGGGAUGCUUCCUCUUCGCCGCAGGCGCCAUCAUCCAGGCAGCCUCACACUCGGUGGCCCAGAUGACCGUCGGACGCCUCGUCAUUGGCUUUGGCGUCGGUUCCGCGGCCAUGAUCAUCCCCCUAUACAUUGCCGAGAUCUCUCCCGCAAGGAUGCGUGGACGCAUGAUUGGCCUCAACAACAUGUGCAUUACAGGCGGCCAACUUGUCUCCUACGGCGUCGGAGCCGGCUUCACAUACGUUCCAGGCGGAUGGCGGUAUAUGGUUGGAGGCGGAGCGUUGCCCGCGUUUCUCCUCGCCGCACUUCUCCCCUUCUGUCCCGAAUCCCCUCGUCAGCUCAUCCAUCACGGCAAGCCUGACGAGGCGGCUUCUGUGAUUCGAAGAAUCUUCCCCAACGGCACGGACGAGCAAGUCGCCCAAAAGGUCGCGCACAUCACCGGCCACAUUGAGAUGGCCAUGAGCCUCAACGCUGGCAAGUCUCGCUGGUGGGUGUUCAAGCAGCUCUACGUCGUCCCCGAAAACUUCCGCGCCCUGGUGGCGGCCUGCGGGCUCAUGGCCAUCUCCCAGCUGGGCGGCUUCAACGCGCUCAUGUACUACUCGCCCGUCCUCUUCUCCCUCGUCGGCUUCUCCAACCCCGUGGCCGUCGGCACUGUCAUUGCGGGCACCAACUUCCUUUUCACCUGGGUCAACCUCAUGCUCGUGGACCGCGCCGGCCGCCGCAGGAUCCUCCUGAGCACCGUCCCAUUCAUGGGCCUGUGGCUCCUCGUGGCCGCCAUCUGCUUCAUCUGGAUCCCCGUCCAGCACGACCUCACGCUUGCCAAGGGCGCCCACAUUGGCGCCCCGGCCAUCAUGGUCCUCGUCAGCAUGGUCUUCUACGUCGCCUUCUACUCCUCGGGCAUCGGCAACACCGCAUGGCUCAGCAGCGAGUUCUUCCCCAUGGAAGUGCGCGCCAUGGGCACCAUGAUGCUCACAAUGACCUGCUGGGCCUCCAACGUCAUCGUGGCCUCGACCUUCUUGACCCAGAUGGAGAACACGACCCCGUCGGGUGCCUUCGGGUUCUACGCCGCCAUCUGCUCGCUGGGCUCCGUGUGCAUCUACUUCUGCUACCCCGAGGUCAAGGGCAUGACGUUGGAGGACAUUCGGCAGAUCUUCCAACACGGAUUUGGUGUGCGCAAGGCCAGGGAGAUUCAGAAGGACCUCAAGCUGAAACGUCAGGCAGACGCCGCGGCUGGUGCCGCCUGA